UCUCUUCAUUAUUGUUCGUCCCUUCCUUCUUUUCCCUCUUCGCAAACCUCUGCACUUGUCUGCUUUAACAGGAUCCCAAUUACUAUGUCGGACGGCCGCUCGACUGGGAGACAAGAUAACCUUCACUACCCCGUCCAGGCUGGUCACACUGUCAGCCUCGUCCCUCGGUCUCAAACUCAAGAGAGAGAAACUCAUCCAGAGCUUCAAGGUAUCACCCGCAACUAUCUUGGCUCCGAUCCCAACUCGGGUCAUAUACGCGAUCAAUCACUCGACAUGCCAGAAGGCGAAGGCUACGGCAUGACCGAUAUUCCUCACAAUAGUUCAAAGAGUCAUCUCACACCAGCCGAUGGCAAUGCACCCUACACAGGGGCUUCCACUCCAAAUCGUGUCCACUACCCGCCGUCCCCUCUAAUGCCUCGUGGUCAACCACAAGGUGAUGCGUACACCACUAUCCCUCUUCAAGACGGUCACAGCAAUGCGUCUGUCUCAGGAGCCACUACUCCUCAUUCUGAGUCUAUGAACAAGAGGAAGUGGUCUUUCCUACCAGGGAACCGCUCUAGCGCCAGUCUUGAGAAAAGUGGAGUCGACGAAAAAGGAACAAAGCGACGUCCUAAGAAUCAAAGAGGCACCAGCUGGGAUCUUCUCGGUGACAGAGGUGAAUGGGAAGAAUUCAGUCCCAAGAAUGCUAGCGUGGAGAACUUGAGAUUUGCGGAAGGUGAUGUAGGUACCAACAAGUUUUCAAGACUCUAUUACUGGGCUCUAAAUAAAGGUAUCAUUGUCCGAUGGGCCAUGUAUAUCAUACCCGUCCUCAUUCUGUUCUGGAUCCCGGGUAUCAUCUUUUAUGCCGGACUCAGGGAUGCCAAAGUCUGGUCUGUGACUCUGAAUUGGUGGUCCAUUUGGCUCACCAUCAUAUGGCUUACUUUCUGGGGUGCAACCGCGGCAUUCAUGAUGCUUCCUCAUGUUUGGAGGAACACUGUCGCGGUAAUCGUACCCUCUGCCAAGCCCCUCACAGAUAUCAUCGCUGCCCUCGGUCGAUACGCGAAACUUACCAUCUGGUGUCUGGCAAUCUGGGUUUCUUUCACUCCGUUGAUUGUGAACCAUUACACCGGUGACGAAAGCGCCACCUCCCGAUCUGAUUUGUCAACCGUUGCCAACCUUCUAUUUGGAUUGUUCCUCUGCUCGAUCGUAUAUUGCGUUGAGAAGCUUAUCAUCCAAUUGAUUGCUUUGCAAUUCCACCGGGAUUCUUACGAGGAUCGCCUCCAAGAACAGAAAUUCUGCCUCAAGGCUCUGACUUAUCUUUAUACCAACUCCCAUGAUAUUCCAGGUAGAACCGACACUCUCACUGACGCCAUGUCUACUAAAACUAAGGGUUCCCAAAUGCCGAAGGUUGCGCUCAGGAAAGCUCUCAAGGGCUUGAAAGAGGCUGCUCAAACCACUACGACGGCAUUGGGUAACGUUGCAAGUGAAAUGGCGGGCCAGAGUGUAUUGCAGACGAAUUCCCCCUCCAACAGGGUCACUAUGGCCCUUAAUUCUGCUAAUAAGUCAAAGGCUCUCGCCCGAAGGCUUUUCUACUCUUUCAGGGCACCCGGUGCUGCUCAUCUUGACAUCCAAGACAUUGUACAAUACUUUCCCAACCUUGAGACUGCUCAGGCCGCUUUCGCUAUCUUCGACAAGGACGGCAAUGGCGAUGCCACCCGCGAUGAGAUUGAGUCAGCUGUUUUAGGCAUCCAUCGUGAACGCCUUGCGCUCGAAGCUUCCAUGAGAGACCUCGACGGAGCGGUACGAAGGCUCGAUGAUAUCUUCAUGGUGGUUGUCAUUGCCAUUGUUGUUCUUAUUAUGGCCUCUAUGAUCACCAACAAACUCACCACUUUCGUCACGUCAGCCGGAACAUUUAUUCUUGGUCUGUCAUGGUUGAUCGGUACCACAAUGCAAGAAGUUCUCGGUGCUUGUAUUUUCUUGUUUGUCAAGCACCCCUAUGACGUAGGAGACAGGGUUGACAUCGACGGCGUGCAAUACACUGUUGCAAAGAUGCAGCUUUUGUCGUCAUCUUUCAAGGGCGUCGACGGGAAAUAUGUUUGGAUCGGUCAUAAUGUGCUCACUACCAAAGUUAUUGAAAAUAUCCGACGCUCCGGUGCUAUUUCCGAAGAAUUUUCUUUCGAGGUUGCCUUCGACACUUCAUUCGAAGCCCUUCAAGCUCUUCGAAGUCGUAUGAUUGUCUUCCUCAAAGAAAACUCUCGUGACUUUUUGCCCGUGUUUGAUGUAACAGUCGACGACAUGCCUGCACAGGGCAAACUGGUGCUGAAGGCGGAUAUCAGGUACAAGAGUAACUGGCAACAGGUAUCUUUGAAGAUACAAAGGAGGAACAAGUGGAUUUGUGCUCUCAAGAUGGCUCUCGCUGACUUGAAGAUAUUCGGUCCCGAUGGCGCAGGAAACCCCAAUCCUGAGGAGGCUGGUCCUACUCAGUACACUUUGGUACCUUGGGAAGAAUGCAGACCUAAUACCACGGAAGGAUCAACAGCACCUCCUCCGCCUUUCACUUCCGCUGCGCCUUCCCCUCCUCCCCUCAUGGAUGCGCGAGCAGCUGUGGACGAUCCGUAUGGUGACAUCUGGAAUGAAGGGGACGAGCUUUUGGGAUUCCGGUCCGCUGAUCCCUCCAGGCCGGGGACUCCUGGGCCUGGUCCUGCUACAAGGCAAAGGCAGCCUCAGGUACCUCAGCAUCAAGAUACCUUGGGGAUGUCUGAGGUCGCUGUAGAUGCUAAGAGACAGCCUUAGACAGUUUGCUGGUUGUUGUUGUUGAGCUGAUUAUGAUGAUCUUAACGAAGGAUGUUAUCUUUUGUCAAAUGGAUAGUGAUUGGGAGUCAUAGAAGUGAAUAUUUCUUUUUACAUAGAUGACCUUACAUGAUGCCCUUGUGAUACACGAUAUCGAUGAUGUGAUGAAGUUUUAUGAUGC